UGAUUACACCAGAUGCAGAAGCAGAGACUCACUGAAGAGGAGAAAUGAGCGGAGAAGGGAAGGUGGUGUGCGUGACUGGAGCUUCGGGAUACAUAGCUUCAUGGCUAGUCAAGCUGUUGCUUGAGCGUGGCUAUACUGUCAAAGCUUCCAUUCGUGACCUCAAUGAUCCAAGAAAGACAGAAUUCUUGGAGGCACUGGAUGGAGCCAAGGAAAGACUUCACUUGUUCCAGGCAAACUUACUAGAAGAGGGAUCCUUUGAUGCAGUGGUUGAUGGAUGUGAAGGCGUUUUCCAUGCUGCAUCUCCAGUUCAACUUUCAGUGAGCAAUCCGCAGGCACAGCUAUUGGAUCCUGCAGUGAAGGGAACACUGAAUGUGCUACAAAAUCAAAACGCUAAUAGCGUGCAACAGAUUGAUAGCAGACCAAAAGAAUGUUUAAGGUAUCAACUAUCAAAAAUUUUGGCAGAGAAUGCCGCUUGGGAUUUCUCAAAGGACCAUGGUAUUGACAUGAUUGCAAUUAAUCCAGGAAUGGUCUUUGGUCCCUUCUUGCAACCUUCUGCCACUUUGAGUGCAGAAGUGAUCUUGAGCCUAGUAAAUGGAAUUGACCCAUUCCCUACUAUGGUUAUACCAUGGGUUGAUGUUAGAGAUGUUGCAUAUUCACAUAUUGUUGCCUUUGAAAUCGCUUCUGCCAGUGGAAGAUAUUGCGUAGUUGAGAGAACUGCAGGCUGCUGUGAGCUUAUCAAGAUUCUGACUGAACUCUUCCCUAAUCUCCAAUUGCCAGAUAAAUGUUCUAAUGGCAGUCCACUAAUUCAGCUGAAAUAUGAUGUAUCAAAUGAGAAAGUAAAAGGUUUGGGCAUUGAGUUCAUGCCUUUGGAGGUGAGCCUCAAGGAUACUAUCGAAAGCUUCAAAGAGAUGAAAUUAGUUAGCCUUUGAAUCAUGGCAUUCAU